AUCCCCAGCUCAUUCAACACACACACACACUCUUCUACAUCAGGAACACAGACGGAACCAGAGCCACCAACCCACCCUCAGUCCCUCACACGAGAAGAAAACAGAGCUUCAAGAGCCAUGGCGCCGUCGUACGACAAGACCAUCGCCACGGCGGCCUCGCUGGCGGCCUCCCUGAUGCUCGUCCGCAGCCUGGCGAGCGAGCUGCUGCCGUCCGAGCUCCGCGACGCGCUGUCCUCGGCCCUCGCCAGCCUGCGCUCCCGCAUGACGUGGCAGCACACCAUCGUCAUCGAGGAGACGGAGGGGUGGUCCGGCAACCGCGUCUACGGCGCCGUCAAGGCCUACCUCGCCACGCGCACCAGCGCCAACCUCUCCAUGCAGCGCCUCCGCGUCAGCAGCACCGAGGAGGACGCCAAGAAGAUGGUGGUCAGCAUGGAGGCCGGGGAGGAGAUGGUGGAUUUGUACGAGGGAGUGGAGUUCAGGUGGUGCCUGGUCACCCGGGAGGUGAAGGGCGACCCCAACAAUGGCGGCGGCGCACGGGAGGUCAGGUCAUACGAGGUGAGCUUCCAUAAGAGGAGCAAGGAGAAGGCCCUGAAAGAGUACCUCCCGUUCAUCGUCGCCACGGCCAAGGCCAUCAAGGACCAGGAGCGGAGCCUCAGCAUCUACAUGAACGAGUACGGCGACGAGUGGUCGCCCAUCGACCUCCAGCACCCUUCCACCUUCGACACCCUCGCCAUGGACAGGAAGCAGAAACAGUCAAUUGUCGACGACCUCGACCGGUUCAUCAAGAGGAAGGACUACUACAGGAGGAUCGGCAAGGCAUGGAAGCGCGGGUACCUGCUGUACGGCCCGCCGGGCACCGGCAAGUCCAGCCUCAUCGCCGCCAUCGCCAACCACCUCAGGUUCAACAUUUACGACCUCGAGCUCACCGGGGUCGACUCCAACUCCGACCUCCGGAGGCUUCUCGUCGGGAUGACCAACCGGUCCAUUCUCGUGGUCGAGGACAUCGACUGCACCAUUGAACUCAAGCAGCGGGAGGAAGAAGACGAGGAACAUGCCACCAAGUCGAAUCCUACAGAGAAGAAGAAGGCAGAAGACAAGGUCACGUUGUCUGGGCUGCUCAAUUUUGUUGAUGGCUUGUGGUCGACGAGUGGGGAGGAAAGGAUCAUCAUCUUCACCACCAACUACAAGGAGCGUCUCGACCCGGCGUUGUUGCGGCCGGGCAGGAUGGACAUGCACAUCCACAUGGGGUACUGCACCACAGAGGCCUUCCGGAUCCUUGCCAACAACUACCAUUCCAUCGACUACCAUGUCGCCUAUCCGGAGAUCGAGGCGCUGAUCGAGGAGGUGACGGUGACGCCUGCAGAGGUCGCCGAGGUCCUCAUGAGGAGCGACGACACUGAUGCUGCGCUCCAUGAUCUUGUCAAGCUCCUGAAGUUAAAGAAGAUAGAUGCCACUAAGAUCGAAACUGAAAGUAAACAGGCGGAGGAGAAGAAAGACACCAAUGAGACCAAGACCCAGAGUAUGCAGGUGGACGAGAAGAAAGUUGUUGCUGAGAUCAAGACUGAAUGUGUGCAGGUGGAGGGGAAGAAAAAUGACAAAAAGGUGGUUGUGAAGAAUGAUUUCACAGAAAACGGAAGCGGCUAGGAGUGGGGAAGCUGACGGUGACCAGAGACUACGCGCGUACCAAUUAGAUAGGUCCUACGGGAGAUCCAUUGGAACAUAUGUUGAUCAUUUUGACACCUAAUAAAAUCACAUUGUCUGGAGUA